CUCGCUCGCGCCAGCUUCCCAGCCAGUCCUUCUGAACGUGUUUCAGGCGGAGUUCAGAUCUUAAAACAUUUGGCCAACUUCUUCACCUCUCCACUUCUCCACCUCUCCACUUCUCCUCCUUCGUUCACAUAUUUGAACUCAGAAACCCUCUCCCCCCCUCCUCGUGCCGGGGUCGGAGGAGUAACAGCUCGUGGGAUAUGGAAACUUUGUGACAAGUUGACAUUUUUUAAUUUCAGGGUAAAUUACGCACCAACCUUCCUCCCCCCGAGUGGACGCGGUCCCGGGACUUCAGGGUUUCUAACUUUGACUUUUCUUUUUCUUCACACGUCGGAUUUUGUUGGGAUGUCCCGGACUGUUAAGAGAAGGAAGAAAUGUGUGUGUUCAGCCGCGUGCUUCUCGUCCGAAGGUGUUUUCUGAGUUUAUUUUUGUGAAACCAGUUCAGUGACUGGAGACAGGACUCUAUAAUCAAUGUGGUGUCAGCUGGAAGGACGAGGGGUCCGGAUCUCACCUAAACGCUGAAACGUCUUGGGAGUGAUGCACUGGCUUCCCCUGGUUGCCAUGGUGAUUGCCUCGGCCCUGCCCUUCCCUCACGACCCCGUGUCCAGGAUCGCCGCCGCGACGACAGAGCCCGGCUUCGACAACCGCAGUGAGCGCCGUCAUGGGAAACCCGUGGACUACGACUCUCGUGGAAACGCCUCACAAACGGACUACAACAUGGCCGACGCUCUCGGCCCACAAACCAGCAGACGGACCCUCCAGGACUCUGAGGAUUACGUGACACCCGUAGACGGAGAGACUUCUGUGUUCAGCGUGGCGAAUGAAGGAACGUACCGGUCGAGUAGCGUCUCAGGCGGAGACGAGGACGCGGGUUCUGUUGUUCCUGCAGACGGAGAGACUCUGAGGAUCCAGACCGUCCUCACGGAUGAGGCGGACUUAACUUUUACAGAAAGACUGUCGCAGGUUCCUACACCUGGAUCCCAAAGUUAUGCCAGUCCUGGUCAACCAAGACCAGAACCUGCAGGGACAGAAAGCUGGAGGACGACAGCGGCUGGCGGAGGUCUGACGGAGGAGAUUUUAUACCCGGACCUAGACCUGAGUCUGGGGAACAGUCUGGACUUAGAAGGAGACGAGAUGUACCUGGACGCACAUCCUCGGGUCCUGUUCUCUCCGUCCCCGUCGCCUCCUGAACACCCUCCUCUCCUGCUCAUGCUGGAGACCGGCCUGCUGGAGGAGGACAGGGACCGGGAGGAGCAGGAGGACCUGGACGGACACAUAGAGGGUCACGGGGACCGUGCGCUCGACAGGACCACGACGUUAAGCUGGGCUGACUCUCCCAGAGUGACGGACGCCGCCCGCGCUGUGAAAAGGGAUAAACGCUCCGAGCUGAUGGACAGACGGCGAGGGGAGAAGUCCGUGUGCGAGUCGGUAAGCGGUUGGGUCAACGACAAGGCCAGCGCCAUCGACUCGCGCGGUGAGAGGGUCUCUGUCUUACAGGAGAUCCAGACCCUGAACGGACGACUCAAACAGUACUUCUACGAGACUCGAUGCCGCCAGGCGGAGGAGACGAGCAGCAGAGCGAAGGGGGCGCCGGCAAAACCGAUGGGUACCGGCGUCGCCGGCGCCGGCUGCUUGGGCGUGGAUAAGAAACAGUGGGUGAGCGAGUGCAAAGUCAAGCAGUCGUACGUCCGAGCGCUCACCAGAGACGCAAACAACAAAACUAGAUGGAGGUGGAUUCGAAUCGACUCGUCCUGCGUUUGCGUGCUGCUCUCCAGAACCAAUCAGGCGCUGGCGAGGGAGGUGUUGACGAGGGGGAGAGGCUGAGAGAGGGAGAGGAGGAGGAGGAGGAGGAGGAGGAGGAGAGAAGUGGAAAGUGACACAGAGCAGAGCAGCUUUGACAUCCUCCUGUGUGUGUGCACUCUCUCUGAAACACUCUCUCUCUCUUUUCAUCCUCCUCUCCACACAAACUGUACAAACCUCUGAAAACACGACGACCUCAACGUAGAUCUUAGGGAAGAGUCAAACAUAGAGAUUCUACUUGGAACAGUACUGUUUUUGUAUGAUUCAUCUUUCAUAAUCUAAGUUAUUUUUGAUUAGUACGUAAGCAUGUGUAUGUCUUUGAUAUUAAUAUAUUCCUUUAUAUAAAUAUAUGUACAAUAUGACACCCGUAUACCUUUAUGUAUGAAGCUAUGUUUAUCUGUGUGUAUUUAUAGGAGUGGUAGGUCUCUCCAGUGUCUGAUGAUAAUUCCAGCCUCUCUUAUUCACCCGGGUUGUGAGAGGAAGGAGCGCCACCUACUGAGGUUGCAUUUCACUGCUCCGGUUUGGAUUAUUGUAACAGAGCUUUUAUCAAACAGAGAGAGAGAAGUGUAUCAGAAUCUACAGACAAAUGAUUCUACAGGACACGUCUGUGUCUGUGACUUUCGUUCAAAGAGGUUCAUGAAUGCAAAAACAAGAAAACACCCGGCUUGUAAAUUAUACAACAACCCGAACUCAUUCUAAUAUCUGCUGGUUUGUUUAGUUUGCCUGCCAAAUGUGGUAUUAAAGGAUCUUUGUACUCGGCAAA